AUGAACCACCCUGCCAACAUAAACUGCCCAUCGCUUCUCCCUGAUCAACUGGGCGGCUUUAAGCCUGUCCUCCUCAGUCUGAAAGCUUCCAUAAUCCUUGUCAUGAAGAUUAAAAAAGGCCCAUCAGUGGCAGAAAUCAUUUCCGGAGAUGGGUUAGAGCGGCCAAAAACUUUAGAUGUGCAAUACAUUCGUCUGUUGAAACAGGAAAGGGCUUCAAAGGAUUUGCAGAUAUUUGUGGGCCUGCAGGCGCUUAAUGAAGCUCUCGAAAUGGCGGUAACGUGGUUCCAGCGCCCGAAUUGGGGUUGUCUCGCAUAUAAAGUGGUGGAGGGUCAUUCAAUGGAGCAGGCCUGA